GUGAUUUUAAGAGUUUUAGAAUGAGUAAAGGGAAAGAAAAUAGAAAUAAAAGUGAUAAAAAAUGGAUGAGUGGCGGUUUUUCUUAUUAUAAAGUAAAUGAAUAUGAAAGAAACGAUGGUGUUGUUACGACACAUUUCGCUUGUAUCAAGGAGCACAAUAAAAAUUUUAACUGCCCAGCAACCGGGCACUUUAUUAAUAACAUUUAUUAUACAAAAGAAAAAAAACAUACAAACGAACCAGAUCCGUUGUUAAUACAGAGACGAGCAACCUAUAAACGUGCGAAAGAUUUGAGUGUAAUACGUGGAAUCAAUGCAGGCCAAAAUUAUAGUACAUCUUUCUUAUUAGAAAAUAGUAAAAUUGCUGAAGUUACACCACCGUGCAAAGUGCGUAGAACACUACAAAAGAAGCUUAAUAUUAAUAUUAAGUGUAAUAUAUAUAUAGCUUAAUAUAGUAAUCAAAAUACAGUGUAAUAUCAAUAAUUUGAGGUUAUCAAGCCGGUCAAAUAUUUUUAAUAAAAGUUUGUGAAAAAUAUACAUAUUAAUAUUGAGUGUAAGUCACGAAAUUGGUGAAAAAUUUUCUUUCUUUUUUUAGA